AUGGACUUUGAGACCAUGGAACACUUUAAAGCAGCAGUGCAGAAGUACAACAUACAAAUUGGGAGACAUGUAUUCUAUCUUAGGAAUGAGAAGAAGAGGACCAACUAUCCAGCCUCGUUUCAGAUUAAGAUAUUUGUGGACGAGCAUACGUGUCUGAGAAGCAACAAGAGUAAGUCAGUCACAUGUGCUUGGGUUGCUGAAGAGCUGGUGCCGAAACUCAGAAUCCAUUCCAACAUGUUACAUACGGAGGCACAGGAGUGGUUUAAGGUGGAGUAUGAUAUUUCGGUUAAUGAAAGGAUAAUGUAUAGGGCUUUGGACAAGGCCAAAGAUGUUAUUGAAGGAACGGAGAAGGAUCAAUACCUAAGGCUUAGAGACUAUCUAAACGAAAUAAUGAAGGCUAAUCUUGGGUCAAGAGCCAACAUGAGAACUACUCCACAGCCGGAAGGGUUGUCUAGGUUUAGGAACUUGUACAUUUGUUUGGCUGCUUGCAAGAAUGGAUUUAAAGCAGGGUGUAGGCCCUUUAUAGUGUUGGAUGAGACCUUUCUAAAAGAAACUCGAAAAAAUUGGAGAUUCUUUCUUGAGGAGUUACAUACUGACAUAGGGGACUACAAUGAGAAUGCCUGGGGAUUGAUACUAGCGUUACAGGACGUAAUGCCGGGUGUCAAGCACAGAUUUUGUUGUAUGCAUAUGUGGAGAAACCUAAACAAGAGAUGGAAGGAUAAAGAACUUAAGGGAGUAUUCUGGCAAUGUGCAAAAGCAACUACUGAUCAAGAGUUCAAUGAUGCAAUGGCUAAUGUGAAACGGAUCAAUAAACAAGCGUGGGAGUAUUUGGACAAAUUUGAGCAAGAAUAG